AUUGGGCAGUCUCUUCUUGAUUCCUCCCCCGGAGAGGGCGGGGCGGCCGAGCGCCCCGAGGCUAGACGCCGCCGUCCGAGAGACGAGGGGGCGUGUAGGCGGUGACGCCCUGCAAAGUGGCCGGCGUGCUUAUCAUUACCGAGCUUCCGCGGGCCUGCAGAGCCUGGCGGACUCAGACUUCUCUCCGGAGCGGGAUGCGGCCCUACCGCGACCUCACACUUCUCGCCGGCUUCCCGUGUUCCCGGGGCGGGGCUUGUGUUUUUACUUCCGGAUCCCAAAGCUAUGACACCGGAAGCCGGAAGCGGGGAUUUCGACAGCGGAGUAGGGAAGGGCGACCGCGAAACUGGGACUUUCUCGGAGCGCCGGGGCCCUACCAGCGUUCACAGUCCGCCGCUCCCACCCUUCUCACGCCUGACGGACUCUGCUGACAGGUGUGGUCCUUUUCCCCAAAGACAGGGUUCCAUCCGUGGGCGUUCCGCCGCCUCCGAAACUUCCCCCGGACGUUCAGGCUCCCCCCUCUUUUUUGGGCCCCAGCCCGUUCCUGCUGCGCGCUUCUGGAGCACUGGCCAAGGCGGGCCGAUUCAGGACCCAGGUUACUUGGGCGGCGAGCUGGACUGUUUCUACUCCUCCCUCCUCCUCCACUGCGGGGUCUGACCCUACUCCUUGUGUGAGGACUCCUCUAGUUCAGAGACAUAUUCUGUUCACCAAACUUGACUGCGUUCUAUCGAGGUCGUUAAAUUCUUCGGAAAUGCCUCACAUAUAGUUUGGCAGCUAGCCCUUGCCCUGUUGGAUGAAUAGGCACCUCUGGAAGAGCCAACUGUGUGAGAUGGUGCAGCCCAGUGGUGGCCCGGCAGCAGAUCAGGACGUACUGGGCGAAGAGUCUCCUCUGGGGAAGCCAGCCAUGCUGCACCUGCCUUCAGAACAGGGCGCUCCUGAGACCCUCCAGCGCUGCCUGGAGGAGAAUCAAGAGCUCCGAGAUGCCAUCCGGCAGAGCAACCAGAUGCUGCGGGAGCGCUGCGAGGAGCUUCUGCAUUUCCAAGCCAGCCAGAGGGAGGAGAAGGAGUUUCUCAUGUGCAAGUUCCAGGAGGCCAGGAAACUGGUGGAGAGACUCAGCCUGGAGAAGCUCGACCUGAAGAGGCAGAAGGAGCAGGCUCUGCGGGAGGUGGAGCACCUGAAGAGAUGCCAGCAGAUGGCUGAGGACAAGGCCUCUGUGAAAGCCCAGGUGACGUCCUUGCUCGGGGAGCUGCAGGAGAGCCAGAGUCGCUUGGAGGCUGCCACUAAGGAAUGCCAGGCUCUGGAGGGUCGGGCCCGGGCGGCCAGCGAGCAGGCGCGGCAGCUGGAGAGUGAGCGCGAGGCGCUGCAGCAGCAGCACAGCGUGCAGGUGGACCAGCUGCGCAUGCAGGGCCAGAGCGUGGAGGCCGCGCUCCGCAUGGAGCGCCAGGCCGCCUCGGAGGAGAAGAGGAAGCUGGCCCAGUUGCAGGUGGCCUAUCACCAGCUCUUCCAAGAAUACGACAACCACAUCAAGAGCAGCGUGGUGGGCAGUGAGCGGAAGCGAGGAAUGCAGCUGGAAGAUCUCAAACAGCAGCUCCAGCAGGCCGAGGAGGCCCUGGUGGCCAAACAGGAGGUGAUCGAUAAGCUGAAGGAGGAGGCCGAGCAGCACAAGAUUGUGAUGGAGACCGUUCCGGUGCUGAAGGCCCAGGCGGAUAUCUACAAGGCGGACUUCCAGGCUGAGAGGCAGGCCCGGGAGAAGCUGGCUGAGAAGAAGGAGCUCCUGCAGGAGCAGCUGGAGCAGCUGCAGAGGGAGUACAGCAAACUGAAGGCCAGCUGUCAGGAGUCGGCCAGGAUCGAGGACAUGAGGAAGCGGCAUGUCGAGGUCUCCCAGGCCCCCUUGCCCCCCGCCCCUGCCUACCUCUCCUCUCCCCUGGCCCUGCCCAGCCAGAGGAGGAGCCCCCCCGAGGAGCCACCUGACUUCUGCUGUCCCAAGUGCCAGUAUCAGGCCCCUGAUAUGGACACCCUGCAGAUACAUGUCAUGGAGUGCAUUGAGUAGGGCCGGCCAGUGCAAGGCCACUGCCUGCCGAGGACGUGCCCGGGACCGUGCAGUCUGCGCUUUCCUCUCCCGCCUGCCUAGCCCAGGAUGAAGGGCUGGGUGGCCACAACUGGGAUGCCACCUGGAGCCCCACCCAGGAGCUGGGCGCGGCGCCUUACGCUUCAGCUGUUGAUCCGCUCGUCCCCUCUUUUGGGGUAGAUGCGGCCCCGAUCAGGCCUGACUCGCUGCUCUUUUUGUUCCCUUCUGUCUGCUCGAACCACUUGCCUCGGGCUAAUCCCUCCCUCUUCCUCCACCCGGCACUGGGGAAGUCAAGAAUGGGGCCUGGGGCUCUCAGGGAGAACUGCUUCCCCUGGCAGAGCUGGGUGGCAGCUCUUCCUCCCACCGGACACCGACCCGCCCACCGCUGUGCCCUGGGAGUGCUGCCCUCUUACCAUGCACACGGGUGCUCUCCUUUUGGGCUGCAUGCUAUUCCAUUUUGCAGCCAGACCGAUGUGUAUUUAACCAGUCACUAUUGAUGGACAUUUGGGUUGUUUCCCAUCUUUUUGUUACCAUAAAUAAUGGCAUAGUAAAAAUCCUUGUGCAUUA